AUGUCGCACAGUCCUGGUGCUAUCGAGCUACCAGAACCCGCUGCACUCCAGCCACCCAAGCGAAUCGCCCGAGCAAAAGUGAAAAAGCUUUCAGCAAGUAUCGAAGGCCUGGAUGAGGAAACUUCAAGACUUCAGAAAGUUGGUAGCGAUAAACAGAAGGUCUUCGAUGUUUUGCACGCUGAGCAAACAUGGGAAGACAAGGUGCGGCUAGAUAUGGACGCACAAAAGCAGAAGAUGUCACAGUAUCGUGCAACUAUUCGAGAUUUACAAAAGCGUCCCACGGCCAAGCAGUGGAAAGAAGCAACAUCGAGAAUCGAUACUCUCAGACAACGGCCCACAACAGAAACCCUCCGACCCGCAGCCACAGCCGCGACCGAUCCCAUCCAGAGAGAUCUGGACACACGUAUACAAGAGUGCGAGAGGCUGAAGAAGCGGCCAACAAAAGCAGAUCUGAAAGAUGCUGUCGCAAAAGCAGAGCUUCCAUUAGAAGAUACAAUCCGACAGCUCAAGAAAAGAUCUAUACUCAGUUAUCUAGAUGACUCUGUAAACUCAGCGAAAGAGCCACUAGAGGCUCAGAUCAAGGAGCUCGAGAAGCGGCCAACAGAUGAAAAUCUAGCAGAAGAUAUUAAGAAGGCGAAACAGUCGUUACAAGAUACGACAUCUAAGCUCGAAAAGCGUCCUACGCAACAGGCCCUCACAGAAGCUGUCGCGGCAGCAAAAGAGCUAGAAAAGCGGCCAACGGAUAAGCAUCUAGCAGAAGCUGUUGAACAGGCGAAACGGUCGUUACAAUAUACAAUUUCUAAGCUCGAGAGCCGGCCUACGCAACGGGACCUUGCUGUCGCUGUCGCAGCAGCAGAAGGGCCGUUGCAGGUCAGGAUUGAUAGGCUCGAUCAGGAUCUCUCACACGCUGUCGCAGCUCAUGGGAGACUACAGGGCGAUAUUGACCGGCUCAGUAAGAGGCCUACACAGACAAUGGUCCAAAAGGCUAUCGAUGAGGCAACCCUACCGCUGCGAAACCAGAACGGCGGCCUCCAGACACAACUCGACGAGCCAAGAGCAUCGGUCGUGCGUCUCGAACAGCGCCCAACUCAACAAGAUCUUGACGCGGCAGUCAAUACCGCCACCAAGCCACUGCAAGAACAGAAAGGCAAUCUCGAAUCUCAAUCAGGUGAGAUGCGAAGUGAACUUGACAUAUCCGGGAAUUUAGUCACAACGACCCAGGAUAUGCUGAAGAAAGAGCAAGAAAGCCAUCGCACGACCCAGAUGGAUCUCGAUGAUAAGAUUCAACGUCUUGAACAGACAAAGAAAGAACACAAAGAUGAGGUGGCGUUACUCAAAGGCAACACCUCCAAAAAGGAACAGGAGUUGGCCAGUCUCCAGCUGGACAUCUCCACCAAGAGCCAGGAGUUGACGAAACUCAAGCUAGACGUUUCCAUCAAGGAUCAGGAUUUGACGAAACUCAAUCUGGAUGCACGCCAGAAAGCAGAAGAUCAAGCAAAACAGGAUCAGGCUGCAUCCGAGCAGAUUUCUUCAUUGAAAGAUGAGGUCCAAGCUGUCGAGAAGACCCAAGCCAGCUUGGAAAGAGCACAGCAGGAACUCUCUAGCGACAAGGCCAGCGCAGAUGGUAAAAUAUCCCAGCUACGCCGAGAAUCACAACGUCGCGCUGCAACUCUCUACAAUCUGUAUUCAGUUGCAGAAACGGGUCGCAAGGGGGCGCGGCGAUGGGUCAAGAUCAGCUUCCUUUCACUUUACAUGAUCUGCGGUCAAAAGAAUGACAUCUUAUCGGGUGUCUCACGUAUACUUCGGACCAAGCAAGCCGAGACCUCUAUGCUUCUGACCGAAAAAGAACAUCUCCAGAAAACUAAUGACGAUCUCAAUGAGAGAUUCUCGAAGUCCAACAACGAGUUGGAAUCUGUCAAGAAGUCGCUGAGUACGGCAGAAACGCAGCUACAGGACAACCAAGCAGAGUCAAUUCGUCUCACCAGCAAGGCUAAAGCCGACGUGAAGCUGCUACAGGACGACCUUGCUGGGUUACAGAACCAGUUACAGACGAAAAAAACAGAAAUCAACAAGCUCCAAGCCGACCUGCAAGAGUCGACCAAAGCUGCGGGCCUCGAGCUUGAACAAGCUCGAGAAGAUGCAAGGUUCGGCGAUGAAAAAGCCAAGAAAGCUCAAGAAGGACUGCAGGUGAUCGUUCAAGAUCUGGAAAGCCAGCUUAAGCAAACAAGAGCGGAUAGAGAUGACGAAAAAGCCAUGCAUCUUCAACUCCAGGCCGAACUACACAAAUCUAUCGGCAAUCUUCAAACUGUGAUCACACUGGAUGGUGUACAGAACGAACAAGACCAAGACGCCGCAUGGCAAUUGAACUCGAGGCUACAGAAAACCAUGGACACUGUCCAGGCUGAGCUUACGCAGACAAAAGCCGACUUCCAAACAGCUACCGCCCAGAUUGAACAGCUUAAUACGGACUUGGAGAACGCUUAA